CGUCUCCUCUUCUUUCCUUUAUAUAAACCCUUCUUCUCCCUUUUCUUCUUAUUACUACUGUUCUCUAACCUAAUCUCAUCUCAGCUUUCCAAACAAAACUAAAAUCUUUAUCAAAGUCUCUUAUUACACAACCUAAAAGAGCCCUCUUGUCUUUCUUGAAAAUGUCGGAAGAAUUAUACGAAUCUGACAUCAUUUUCUCCGACAGUUUCUUCCCGACUCGCCGGCGUGACGUCAUGAACGAGAAAGAAAACCGUCCUGUUGGUAUCCGAGAAAACUCCAAAAAUAAACCGAGGCGGAGUAAACCGACGCCGUUACCUUCGCCGGCGGCGUUCUCGACUUCUCUACCGGUCAAUAUACCGGGGAAUGUGAACAGAAGGUACACGGACGAUGAGGAAUAUUCCGACGAAGGAGGAAGGAACAUGAUUCCGCCGCAUCUGAUCGUCGGAAGGAGGAUGGAAGGUUGUCAAAUGGCGUUUUCCGUUUGUACUGGUAACGGUAGGACUCUCAAAGGACGGGAUCUGAGCCGGGUUCGUAAUUCGGUUCUCAGGUUAACCGGUUUCUUGGAGGCUUAAAUUCGUUAACCGGAUUUUUUUAAUCAAAAUUUUCGUCUAUUGUUAGUUGAACGACUUUAUUGAAAGGAAAAUGUCAAAAAGAAUGAACAUUUGCUUCCUUGUUUAUUUAUUAAAUUCUUAAUUUGAUUGUUCUCAAAUGUAAUACUAGAAAAAAAAAAAGAACAGAGAAAACGUUUCCGGGAUUGUUUUUGGGAUCAGUUUCAGGUUACUUAUGAUUAGGAUGAUUUAACUUGUUCUUUGCAAAGUUUGUAAUCCAGUGUUCGUCAACUAUCAUGUUACUGAUGAAUCGGAUGUCUUUUAUAA